GGAUCGUACAUAUUUAUUUCUCAAUUUCGUUAUAAAUUUCUUAUUUUUCGAGUAAUUUUCAAUUACGUGUUUCUAUUUUUGGCUUAGUUAAUUACGAAUCUUCUAGCGUUUUUUCAAACACUUUCACACCUUCCUCUAACUUUCGAAGCAUCUUUUCCUCCCUUUCAAUACGACGCUCGAUACGACACGUUUCCACUUUGAUGCCGUUAUACGCGAGAUAUUAACGCGUAGAAUAUCAACUUGGUGUGAAAAUAAUAGAAAAGUGAUAGAAAAAAUGAUAGAAAGGGCGCGUGGUAGCGGAGGACACGAGCAACAAAUAUUGCUCCGUUAAUUAAUAAAAGUUUGCAACGUUGUGAUCGCCUGUGUGUGAAGCCUAGCCCCCGUUCAUUAAAUCUCGUAUUUGUUGUUUUCAUUGCUCCAAGUUGUUCUACGUUUGCUCUAGAUCGUUUCAACUAGAUAAUCGUUUAUCUCGAAAGUGUACGAUUUCGAAGCUAUUACAUAUACCGAUGUUGUAUACAAAUAGUUGAAAGGGAACGCGAGAGUUUGAGUUUCCUCGUGAUGAUGUAAUUUUUUAUGAAUUUACUCGUGUAAUGGAGUAUCCAAGUUGUAGUACUCCGAUGCGAAUACCGCACGAACAUAGACCAUCGUUAACGCGAUUAAUUAUGCAAAAUUCUCUUCUUUGUACGAGCUUCGUGAGAAGUAGAUAACGCACGAGAAUACGUUUACGAACGUGUGUAAUUACCACGAACAAGCGUAAUUUAAAAUAACGUCUACUUAGCUUUUCUGAAUUUUACAGAUUCCUCGGUUUAUUCAAAAGAAUAUAAUUCGAUAUCAAUCAUAUACGAACGAUCGAACGAUUAAGUCGUUACGUUUCUUCUUAUGCGAUAUACAUACGUACUCGUAUAUUGCGUAACGUCGUUGGUAAACUAAUUUGAUAAUAAUAAUUAUUCAGUAGCACGAUAUUAUUAACCAUGCAAACGCCUUAUAACCUGUAUACAGAAUGCACACGAUAUCUACGUAAUAGGAAGCACGAGCCAGAAUAUUAUAAAAGCAAUCUUUCUUUCGUAAGAUACAAGUACGAACAUUGCUGAUAAUUAAUAUGACUUAACAUAUAUAAUAUGAAUUAAUAUAUAAUUAAUAUAGGGCAACUGCGUCUAAUAUGGAACACUUAUGACUCUUCCCUGAAAGGAGAAACACGCUUCUUUCUUUCAAGAUUUAUCCGCCCAAAAUCCUUUUAAUCGUUAAAUCGCACAACUUUUCUAGCAGAUUUCAUUCGGUAGCAUUCCUUUUCAAGUUGCAUUCCUUUUCUGACUGCUAACGUCUUAACUCUACUUCCAAUGUCUCGAACAUGUACUCGAAACGUCGAGGAAUUCACAUCGUUGUCGCUGUAUUCGUGUUUCGAUUUCGUUAUCCAUUAUUAUAUACGCAACGUCGAUCGUGGUCGAUCGAAGAAGAUUCGCCGCGUUGAAGCGAUUUUAUCGGAUCGGCGUUAUCACGACCACCGAAUUCUACGGUAUCGUGGAUUUCGAUGCAGAAAAAGUUUCCUCUUGAAACUGGUGAAAACAGCGUCGGUCGGACAAUGCGGUUCCUAAUUUUCCCAAUUUUUUAACCACAUUCUUCAUGAUUCCGAUGAAAACGAUGAAUACCUUGGACCCACUUUUCGUUAUUAUUGCUUCUUCCGUAAUUGCCGCCACGAAAUAAAUACAAUUCCGUAUCGUCGUCAUUAACAGCGUCAUUGACACGUUCCAUAUUACCUACGAUCGACAACGCGAUAAAUUUUAGAAAUACAUCUCGAACAAGCGAUCGAUUCCGGCCUCACGGUUGGAUUUUUAAUUAGCAAGAAACUAUCGAAAAAUAUCUUUUACUUUUAUUUGAGAAAAUAUCGAAAGAUACUUUUCAAUCGAACGAUCAUCGGCGUCACGCAUCGCCGUUAAUAGAAGAUGCUUUUACGUUACAAGCUGCAGCGCAAAGAUAGGAGAGCUAAAGCGGACAUUCGCAGCGGGACCGCGACGUAACUCGGCCUAAUAGCUUCCUGAUUAUUUCGUGAGCCGCUCAGCUGAUUUCCUCUGCCUUCUGCUGCGAUAGUUUCAUUCCUCGUUGCCAUCGGGACGAUGAGUUAUUUCUUCGCGUUUACGUUUGUGUUUACGUUUGUGUUUGCGUUUGCUUCGGAUUAUUCCCUACACCCGUUCGUCAAUACCUUCGAUAAAACUCUCAACUGUCUCGCGUAUUCGGAUCGGUCUCCCAAGAUACUUGAGUAACCUGAGUUCGGGUAAUUUUUGUAUAGCCGUUACAGAUACAAUUUCAGUCUCAGCGAAUGAACGAGGCUAAAAUGGGCUGUGCUUCGCAGUGUGCCAAGUAUUUUCUAUGUUUCUUCAAUUUCAUUUUUUUCGUAGCCGGAGGGGCUGCGUUGGCGGUUGGAGUUUGGCUCUUCGUCGAUAGCAAUUCUUUCACUGAUCUCGUCGGCAAACUCGAUCAGUCGGACAUUUUGAACAAAACGGACACCGACGUCAUCAGGAUAAUAUCGUACAUCUUGAUUUUGGCGGGAGCGUUGACCUUUUUGAUCAGCUUUUUGGGCUACUGCGGAGCGAUGUUUGAAUCUCGGUGUCUUCUUUGUGUCUACGGUGUUCUUAUUCUCCUCGUUUUGAUCCUGGAAUCUGUUGUAGUAGGUUUGGCUUUUGGACUUAAAGGGGAUGCAGAGCAAAGUACACGAGAUUUUCUCAAGUCUACGAUCAAAUACUAUGCCAGUAGCAUCGAUAAAACAGAGACAAUUACAGUGACGUGGGAUGGCAUAAUGACACAGCUUCAUUGCUGUGGAGUAGACAAUCAUUUGGACUUCCGAGAGAGUACAAACUGGACAUCUACAGAUAAAAUUCUACCUGAAGCAUGUUGUAUAAAGGAAAACAAUAUUUUGAAGGAUCCAUCUUGCCCUGUCAGUCCUACUUCCAAUAAUUCUUAUUAUAAACAGGGUUGUUAUGGAGCAAUAAUGAGGACGAUCGAAGAAAAUGCGGCUAUAGUAAUCGGCGUUGCGGCUGGAUUAGCAUUUGUCGAAAUCCUGGUUAUUAUUUUAGCUCUGCACUUGGCAUGCUGUUACUGGCGUCCACAACACGUUUUAACUUGUUGGUGUUGCUGUUGACCACAUGCAUUAACAACCAGCUCUUCGUACCUUCUUCUUGGCUCCUUCCUUCAUAGAAGUGAAAAUUGGCUUAAACUUACUACUCGAAACUAGGCCAGAAUACGUGUUCGUCAUCUACUCGAUUAUAUUUUAUUACUUUUCUAAAAAUAUUCAUAAAAGUGGAAAUGUUUAUCGAGUAAUAUUUUCUAUGAAUAUUUCAAAUGUAUGUAAAUGUAAAUUUUUAUUGGGCUAACAACAACUAAAAGCUAUAAGUACAAAACUUUCAAAUGCAAUUGUUUUGUUUUCUCAAGCAGGACGCUCGAUGAUUUAGCUAGUUAUAUAAUUAGGAAAUUAAUCUAAUUAGUAAAAAGAUGUUGUUCAUUCUUUAAAGUAAACCAGUACAAAAACAAAUAAAGAGUUUAAAAGCAAGACACUACAGAAAAAUUA